GGUGCCCAUUAAAAGAGAGGCCCGAAACCAAACCCUAGCUCGGUGUCUCUCUCUCUCCCCACCCACCGCCGACGACGUGACGCGCUUCAACUACCGUUACUUUGCCCCUUCUUUAGAUCGUGAUCUUGCGAGGGAAGGCGAAGAGGAAGAGAAGGAAUCUGAAUCGGCGUCGAAGUAUUUAAAUCUUGAACUCAAUUUAAAGAGCGGGGAAGGGAUCGAAACGAUCGGAUCGGAAUUUGGCCAUGCGUGGGUGUUAGGAAUCGACGAUGAGGGGGUUCUUUGGGGGAGGAGAAUAUGGUUGUGACGCGGCGGCACGCAAGGCCGGAAAGCAAUAACGCGGCGCGGCUGAAGCUGUACAGGGCGGCGGAGGCGGAGAUAGGGUCGCGGGUGUUCCCCCUGCCGGCGCCGCCUCCGGCGCCCAUGCCCUCGGUGGGGGCCCGGCGAUCAACGAGGGUGUACGUCGCCAAGGCAUCUUCCGCAUCCGCGGCCGCCAAUGCCUGCGGCGACGGCGACUCCAGGGUUCUCCGUUCCGGGAAGCGGUCCGCUUCAUGGAAGAACAGGGAUGAGUGGUUGGGGGCCUUUGGCGGCGAUGCGACGGCGGAUCUCCGAUGGUGGCAAGGGGAGGAAGGGGAAAAGCGUGAUCUUGGUGGUCCGACUGUGCGGAACGACGCGGAGGCUUGCGCUGGUGUGGUCGUGACGGAGUCUCCGGAAUUUGAUGUUCCCAAUGACAAUUUGGAUUCUCCGCAAGGGAAGAAGUUUGGGAUAGUUUAUCGGCGUAAGCGGCAGAGGCAACUUCAGAGUAGUGCGGUGGUCUCAUCUUUGUCCGCGGGUGAUGGGACUGCCGAGAUAGACAGAAGAUUUGGGUUGUUUUUCAGUCGGAAAAGUUGCAGGAAGAGGCUAAAGGUUGCGCCUUUAUACGAAGGAAUCAAAUGCGAACCAGCAAACGUUGACAUGGACCCUGUGGAAACCUCGAUGAAGAGAAGAGUUUCGAAAAGAGAGCUUAGGGCUGCGGUAUCUGCACUUAACUUUGCAAAGAAGAUCGGCAUUAUGGAAGAUAGUUUGUGCACUUGCAUCGGUGGUCCUGUGGUGCUCUUGCUGCUUGUGGAGCUCUCGUGCUUGGGCAGUUCACUUUUCUUCUCGAGACUCCUGAUUGCCAUCCUUAGAUGGACGAGGAGGGCCACGGUGUCAGUUCGGGAAUUUGCUUUCUUCCUACUAUCCGGGUCCUUGGCAAGUGUCUUCUCUCAGCAGGGAGUCCACGUAUUACCAAUCCGGUGGCACAGAGAUAAUAAUCUGUUCGCAAAUGCUCUACCUUCUUUCGGGCUAUGCAAGAUUUAUGGUGCGCGACUGUCUGUUCCAUUAGUAUGGCUUGAUUUUUCGGCCCUUCCGUUCUACUUUAGGAGCUUGCACAUCAGCAUGCUUGUUGGGUCCCUUUAUUUCCCUUGUGUUCUUAAGAGGCACUCAAUGUACUCGCAUCCUGAUCCCUCUGCAAUGGUUGAUACUGGACAAACUUUUAGUCAUACUCUCAAGGAGGCAGGUUGUUUGGGAACUAAACUUUCGGGGACCCUUGUUUUUGAGAAGCACAAUUCUAAGAAUGUUGCUUACAAGUCCAUCACACGAAACACAACUAUUUUCUGUGGUUCAAGGCUAAGCAUGCUUCGCAGAAAGAGAAGUUCCUCUAGAUUUUUUAGAAGUCGGAACCCAUCUUUGAUGAGUUCUCAUCCAGAGGCCCCACUAUCAUUACACUCUAGCCAGAGUGGUUCUAGCAGUUCUUCUGAAGCUGAAGCAGGUUUUCUACCGGUACCCAUGAUAAGGCCAUUAUUUAUUGAAGUGCCUGAUGCCUGUGCUGAGGACUCGUUCAGUUGCAAAGAUGAGAGUGAUGUGUCAACUCCUAUCGGUUUUCAUCGGAAGCAGAGGAAGUCUGCCAAGAAGAGCCCUGUAGAGCAGAAUAGGGAACUGAAAUCUGCUUUGGCGGAGGUGAAGCAGAACAUAGACUCUGUACAUUGCAAUGCAAAUGUCUUAGUUACUGAUGCUGACAGGUGUUGGAGAGAGGAAGGUUUUGAGGUCAUGUUGUUGUUGGCCUCUAAGGAAUGGUGUAUAGCAGUUAAAUCACAGGGUGAAGUGAGGUACUUGCAUAGGCCUCUGGAUAUGAGGCCUUGUUUUGUUAAUCGAUUCACUCAUGCCUAUAUGUGGGCUGGAGAUGGUAGGUGGAAGCUUGAGUUUUUGGAUAGGUGGGAUUGGCUUGUGUUCAAGGAACUGCACAUGGAAUGUCAUGAGCGAAAUAUGCAGAUGUCCUCCAGGAUGAUUCCUGUGCCCGUGUUUAAGGAGGUCCCUGGUUAUGAGGAUGAUGCUGGAGCUACUUUUGGGUGCCCUGAUGAGUACAUCAGAAUGAUGGAUGAUGAAGUUCAGCGGGCUUUAUCAAGCAAAAUUGCUAUGUAUGAUAUGGACUCAGGGGAUGAACAGUGGCUCAUUAAAUAUAAUUCUAGCAUUCUACAUAUAGAGACUAGUGAAUUUGUUGAUAUUACAAAAGACAGUUUUGAGAAAAUAAUUUAUGCAAUGGAGAAGGAUGCUUACAGCAAUGUGGAUGAUGUAUUUGACAAGGAAAAAGCAUUAGAUCUUUAUCAGCAUUUCGGAAAGAGGGAGACGUUGAAUGCCAUCUAUGACUAUUGGAUAAGAAAGAGGAAUAAGAGACAUGCUGCUUUAGUUAGAGAGUUUCAGGUAUCUGGUCCACCUUUGCGUAGGGUGCAGUUGGCACAUAAACCAUUUCUGCGCAAAAAAAGAUCUACCAAGAGACAACGAGUACAGACACCAAGAGCAAAGCCGGAGGUCAUUUCACAAGCUGGGACUAACGUGGAAGACUUGCAAAGGGUUCAAGAAGCUGAAAAUGCUGCAAACCGAGCUGUGGAGUUUGCCAUUCAUCUACGGAAUAGAGCUCAAAUUCUCAUGGCAAAUGCUGAGCUCGCAGUUUACAAGUCUGUCAUGGCUCUCAGAAUUGCUGAAUCCAUGGGGGCAUCAGAUGCACCUGAUCUUGCUUCAUUCAUUCUGGACUGAGCGCAAAGGGAUUUCCAAAUGCUUAUAUAGCAAGCACCAUGUCCACUGCGGCAUUGGGAGCUCCUGAUCUUGCUUCAUGCAUCUUGCAUUGGUCACCGGAAGCAGAGAAUGUACAGGAGCUUCUAUCAAUAGAACAAAAAUGAAGAAAAUAACACUGUUGUUCUUUCAAUAGAUUCUUUGUUUUUGGUUUCCUUUUUUUAUGUGCUGCCAGAUGCUUCUGGCUGAUUAAGGAAGGUUGAUAGGGCUGUUUUCUAAGCCAUUUUUGAGGUCGGUUUCCUGAAAUUUAUGCGAAUCGGACCGUAAGCCUCUGUAUAAAAUGAUAGUUGGUUGUAGCUUUUGUAAAUUGUACCAGUAUCACAUUGCAUUUGUAAUCCUUAUCUUUAUGAUGGAUGAGAAGGGACUUCAGACUGUCACUAACA